GAAAAAACUUAUGGUAACUGGAAGUAACUCUCGAAUGCCACGUCGAGGCCAUCUUGUUUUGUUGUUUGUGUUAUUAUAACAACGCUUGUUGGCAAUAUAGUUUCUAGACAGUUUUUGCAAUGGGAGGAUCUGCAAGCACAGAAAUACCGGGUGGAGGCACUGAGGGCUACCAUGUUUUGCGGGUAAAUUUUGCAGUUUAGAUCAAUAGUGGAUUUUGUUUAGUAAAGUUUGUGUUAAUCAACAGUUAAAAACAGGCCGGAAAGUGUGGAAAGUCUGUUAGGUCACAAUUAACUUUAAGAGUACCAAAUAAUGUUGUCUUUAAAUUAAAAAAAAGGGUAAUUUAGAAUCACUGCACAGUUCAAGUUAAAGUCGCUGAUAUGAGAUUGCCAAGUGUAGUGUAGUGUGAAGUAAUGUGUGUGUUACUGUUUGAUUUCUCUGUCCUCACUGGAUGCAUUGUAGAUACUUUGAUAACAAAAUUAAAAAUUAAAAAAAAAAUAAACCAAUGACAUAGUUGAAUAGAGUUAAUUUUUAAAAGAAUUAUAAUACCAAAAUCAUAUUUUUAGCUGUUGUAGUUUUAAAGUUAUGAAUUUUUAAAGUACGACUUAAUUUGUCCUUUUUUAACAUGGACCGCAUCUCCACAUUCUGUGACCCAAUUCCGCUGUUCGCGUCACGAGCUAUAUAACUCUUGUUUUAAUGAUAAUUUUAUUUUCAGAACUAAUGCUGUAUUAAAAAAAUAAGUUUAAUAAUGUUAACAAUUAUAGAUAAAUUUUAGCUUAACUAACUAUGCAUUAUUUCUAUCAGUAAAUUUAAUAUAAUGUAUUAAUAUAUGGCUUUUCUGUUUACCAAAUCUACGACGUUCAUUAUACCAAUAUUUGCUAUAUAGUCUAUAUAAGGCAACUCAUGCCCUAAUUACGAAAAUACUGUUUGGGAACUAUUGAACUUUCAACUUUGUUACAUGACUAAUUAAUUAAAGCUUUCCCUGACCUAGUUGAAUAGUUUUUGCACACGGCAAACUUUUAUGAAUGAAAUCUCUGAGAUAGUAGUAAAUAAUAGCCCUUAUGCAAGUCACUGUGAAUGGCUGCCAUGACAUUUUGCACACGGCGAAUUUUGAUCAUGUAUAAUAUGGACUCUACCGGGUUUUUUAACCUCAAAUUAAAAUAUUAUUCUUUCAAUAACAUUUAAAUUCAUUCUAAAACAUAAGUUAUCAAAUAUUUUGAUGUAAAUAGUGGAAAUAAUUAAAUAUUUCCUAAGUAACAGCGUCUUCCGUCACUGAAAGGGGGCGUGGCCACUUCCUUAUCGAAAUUGGGCUGAGCUACAUUACCAUAUAGGGGUUCACUCAAGUGAGCAUAACAAGUGAUCGACAUGUCCUAACUCAAUGAGAAUUGACACAAAUACACAUCGAUAGAUAAUACAGAAUAAGACUUUUUUUUAAAGACAUAAAAGUUGAACUUCUAUACGAAUUUUAUAGUGAAAGAUGCCUUAUAUUUACAGGGGAAUCUCAAAAUACAGGUCGAUUGAAAAAUAAAAAAAAAGCAAUGUAAAUGUAGGCCAACAUGUCUACCUAAUUAUAAGGCCGGAAACGGAACUCAAAUAUAUAUAGAAAGCACUCAUUUAAUAAUAAAUAGACACACACAUCGGAAAUUAAAAACUCGGAAUUUUCGGCGCCGAUUGCCAUUUCCGAUACACAAAAAGUAGUAGCCUCCCUUGCUUUACCGAAGUAGUAUCUAUGCAUUGUUUUCGCGUUCCCAAGCCCAAGCUGUGAUCUAAGGUGUGAUAACUUGUCGAUUAUCUCUGUUUCAAGAAUCAAACUGUUUUUCUGUACCAUACCAAAAUAAAGAUAAUGCAGUGUCUACACGUCCGGCGCACCAGAGGUAUAUCUCCCGCACUAUUUGUCCAGCAACCAAGUCACAUGACCGCCGUAAGAAUACUUUAUCUAGAUAUUCGUCCGGCGACCAAGUCACAUGACCGCUGUAACAAAGUGGCGCGAGAUGUUUGUCCGUCAGCCUUGUCACGUGACUGCGAAUGAUUCAAAACUAUUGUUAAUUUUAAAAUUUAUUUCUCUACCAAGUAAUUUACUGAGUAUCUUGCAAACAAAUAAUAGAAAAAAAAAUGCUUGAGUAUAUUACCAAAACGAAGUGGCGGUUUAGUAAUAAUUAAUUCUAGAAGAAACAAUCCUGAGUGGGAGAGAGAAUUAGGGUAAUAAAAAAAAACGAAUGAAAUGAAUGCUAAAAAAAAAAUAGUGAGGGCGAUCGUGAUAAAUAAAGAAGUUUAAGGUGGUAGCCUAGCCUACUUCUCAUGCGAUACUAAAUACUAAUCCUGAAAUACAACUUUAAUGACAUAUGUCUAUUGAAGUCUACUGGUCUUAUUUUAUUUUGUUCAUACUUUAAAUUUAGGCUUCAAGGUAGAGCUUUACAAGAUGUAGGCCUAUUAAUCAAGAUAAGGGACUUUUUUCUUUGAAGAGUCGGAAAUAAAUAGACUAGUAAUAGUAGUAGUAAUACUACUACUAGAUAGUAUAUGGGCAGACUAGUUUAAUAUUCAGUCAAAAACUUUAUGUAUCUCAGAGCGUUUGAAUAUAAUGACAUGUUCAGCAUUUAUUUAUUAUCUUGGGAUUGUAAUAUCAAAUGCAAUGCAACUAUUUUGCCGGUGACCACUUGUCACAUGACCUGCCGGAAUAUUAACGCCUACUAGUCGUCCGGCGGUCACGUGACAUGCCCGCCGGACGUAUAUCUCCCGCACUAUUUUUCCGGCGUGCUGGACGUGUAGACACUUUGUAAAGAUAAAGGUCUAAUUAAUUAAGUUAGCGGCAUGGGUUUUGCCAAGAGUUGUCUCUUUGGGGAAAACCAUCACUAGAGUGACUGGACUUAAUGCAGGUGCGUAGACUAAUAGUUGGACCUUAAAAAUGUGUAUUAUAACUUUCCUGUUCUUCACUGAUCAAUCAUUAUUCGCAUCAUAAACUGUUAUUAUAAACUAAAUCUAAUGAUCAAUACAGUUAAUAUGAAAUACAUUAACCCAUGAACUGUGGACGGCAAAAAAAAUCAUCCGAUAUUUUUGUUCUAUACUGUGGUGGCCGAAAAAAAAUCAUCCGAUAUUUUUGUUCUAUACUGUGGUGGCCGAUAAAAAAACAUGGUCUGAUAGCAACUUCCAAUCCAAUAUUUAACCGAAAUUAUAGUCACUUCCUUUUAUUAAUAAUUAAAUCAUCUUCGGGAUCAAGUUUUUUGCUGAUAACUGAACAAUAAGUACAUUUUUAUCACUGUUUUUUUUAAAGCUAAAAUGGAUGAAGCUAUGGAUGGGCCUUCCGUAUGAGAACUAAUAGAAAUAUUUUUGAAAGCUUUUUAGGAUAGGAUUUAAGUGAUACUGAUGAUGAUUUUAACAUUCCCCAUGACGAUCUCAGUUUGGAUUCUUUUUCUAGUGAAUCUGAUACUAGUCUUAGUGAGUCUUAGUGAUACUGAAGUAGGCCUACUGUUAGACUUCGAGUACUCCAAGGUCAAAGAUACUGAACACAAUUUUUUUUUACAGGUGGGCAAUAUAGCCAACUUUAUCCCCAUCCAUUUAUCUUUCUAAAAAUAUCUACUUAUUGGGGUCUUGUAUCAAUAUUUCUAUGUCAUUUAAUGCUAUUUCUAAAGGCACUCCUCUGAAAAGCUCCCACACUACAGAAUGAUCUUUGCCACAGUUCAUGGGUAAAAUAAAAAACUCCAUUUGGUUUUAAUAAAAAUCAACUUACCAAGUUCAAAAGAAUUUUUAUAAAGAAACUCAUCCUUAUUGAUACCCCAAGAUAAAAACUGAAAAAAACAAACUCAAACAUGGGCAUUGUUAAAAGUCACAUCUUUUUUGAUGGGUUGAAAAACAAAAAUACCCAUUCGCUAUUCAUUUCUAUCACAUUUAUUGCAAUUUCACAGGACAUUUUAACAUAAUUUUAUCAUACCCCCACUUUUAAGAUACAAAUAUAAAUGUGAAAAAAACAACUUUUAUUGAAUUAAUAUAAAGUUGCAAAUUGAACUCUUGAACUUAAUAAAAAAAAUCUUAGCCAAAAUGAAUGCAACACUUGAGAACUUGAACAAAUUUUCCACCUAUUGCUUACUAGAGAUUGAGUUCCAGCCAUUAUUUGUCACUGACAGCAACAUUUGUGUAAGCUGUAAGGUAACUAUUCAUACUGGUUUUACCUAUACAGUACUUGGUUUUGGACAUAAGUUCUAGCUACCUAUACAGUACUUAGGUUUUGGACAUAAGUUCAAGCUACCUAUACAGUACUUGGGUUUUGGACAUUAGUCCUAGUUACUCGUAAGUUGUAACCACUGCAAGUACAGUUAGAGACCACAAAAUAAAAUAUGAUUACUUUCACAAAAGACAGAGUACAUCUGAUAUCCAGCAACACAUAAAUGAGACAUACCAUAAUUAAAAAUAUUUAAUUCAUCAAAAUUAGCAUCACAACAAUAUUUUUUUCAAAAGAAUGCCUCACAAACAGAUGAGUUAUUGGUGUUACCACAUAUAAUUGUUUAUGUAACAUGUUCGUUAGGCCUAUUUCAAAUAAAUUGAUUAAAUUCCCUUUAAAAAUGUAAACUGGGCCUAAAGCCUAACUAUAACAUACCGGUAGGCAUUUUUCUUUGUUUUAAAGUAAGCACAGAAGGGAGAUAAUUAGAUUAGUAUUUCAAAUGGCAAACUACAAUCACUUGGUAAUUGCUGAGUUAUGAUGCUUUAUAUACUAUUUGGCCCAAAUUUUAUUCACUGUCAUUAUUUGUUGUAAAAGGAAUAUCUUUACUUAGGACAAUAGCAUAGGUUUUUUAGAAGAAAGAAAAGUAUUUAUUUUACACAGAUUAAAGGGAUACAGCAAAAAAAUACUAAAAAAAAUUUUUGAGUGCACCGAAAAAAAAAGAUUUUACUGCAAAAUAUUUUUAUGUAAUUUGAUUGCUGAAAUACCAGCGCAUUAAAAAGAUGGAGAGGAAAAUUAAUGUAAUGUUGCAAAUAUGUAACAACCAUACAUGAUAGCUUUUCUCAAUUGUUAAACAUUUAGAAUGUAAUUUAAUUUACAACUUCAUUUUCAGGUUCAAGAUGGUUCACCUGGUCAUAUGGCUGGUCUUGAAGCUUUCUUUGAUUUUAUAGUUGCAAUCGGAACAACACGCUUGGUGUGUACUUAUUUUUAUACCUAUAUUAAUACCUUUAUGGAUAAAAAAACUAGUUUACAAUAAGCAUAAUUUUAAUAUCUUUUUGAGAGCAAAUAUUGUAUUUUUGUUUUGUUUGGUAUCAACAAAUAUUUUAUUUGUUUUGCUUCUAAUGGACAGUAGUGACAGUUUUGUAGAAUUCACUAUCCUUUUAAAGUAACUGCAUUAACUCUUUUUUUAUUUAGUUGUUGAAUUUCUUUACAGAAUCAAGACAAUGAUACUCUAAAAGAACUGCUGAAGAAUAAUAUAGAGAGACCUCUGAAUGUCACAGUGUACAGUAGCAAAACUCAAAAUGUUAGAGAAGUCAGCCUCGUGCCCUCACACAACUGGGGAGGGCAAGGUCUUCUGGGUGUGAGCAUACGAUUCUGCUCAUUUGAAGGUGCCAAUGAAAAUGUGUGGCAUAUUCUGGUGAGUUUUAUUAAAGGUGUUUUAGCAAAGGGCUAAUUCCUAAUGCCGGUUUCGGGUUUAAAGCUCUCAAACGUACACUGGUAACAUGUAUAUUUUAGCUUCCUUGGGGUAUGCUUAAUGUUAACUUACCAUGUGGAUUAUUCUUUAGCGUCGUAUGUAAAUCUUACAAUUUUGUUUAAGCUGCACAACUUGACUUAAUGUAGAUGAAGCGGAAUGUUUUAUCUAUUGCUCAUCAUCCACAGGAAGUGCAGCCCAAUUCUCCUGCUGAUCUUGCAGGUUUGAGGUCGGAUACAGAUUUUGUGAUUGGAGCUGAUUCAGUUUUACACGAAGUGAGCACCCACUCUAUUCAUUUCCCCUUAGAUAAUCUUUUGUUUCUCAGAUAGCGUUACUAGAGACAGUAGAGUGAAAAUGAAAGGCAGUCAUUCUGUGAAGUCAUAAACUUGGUACAUGUGCUUUACGAGACGCUUCUUUAACAGUCUGGUUUGGAACACAAUCUUUGAAACCUGAAAUCUCAAACUGAAAUGUACCGAAAUCACAUUGAUUUUCAAUUUCCUGUUGGACUGUCACUUAGAAAGGAAAAACACUAAAAGACUUUGUCAUUAAAAAGUAAUUUUAAGAAUACAAUUUUUGUUAAUAUUCAUAUAUUGUUGAAAGUAAAAGGUACUGAAUGUACACUAUUCAUAAUUUUUUUCUUACAGUCUGAAGACCUGUUCACACUUAUUGAAUCCCAUGAAGGUAAAGCCUUGAAGUUGUAUGUGUACAACACGGACACAGAUUCAUGCAGGGAGGUUACAAUCACACCUAAUGGGGCAUGGGGAGGCAAAGGAAGGUAAGUGUUUAUUUUCACCCUUAACAUGUUUGAAAACGUUCACAGGUUGUUGAAAAUUGUAAAAGAAGGAGAGUACAUAUCUUUUCAAUGAAUGGUUGAAAUGUUUUAAUUUAGAACUAAAUAAAUUGAAGAAUUUUGUUGACAAUGUAAUGAAAAAAUUUUGCACCAAUAAUUUCAACUUCUAAGUAAUUUUGAAAAGGAAAUAUCUACAUAAGACAUAAGUGAUUUAUUUAUGCUGUUCAACUUGGUGCAAAUGCCUAACUUUUGGAUAGUUAUUUUUGUUUUUAAAAAAACAGCAGGCUAUUAAAAUUUUACUUUGAGCAACUACGGAUUUAACGGUGGAUAAUUAUUAAUUUUUUUUCAGUUUGGGCUGUAACAUUGGCUAUGGCUACCUGCACAGAAUACCGAAGCGUCAGUUCCCUUCCAGUAAAGCUCCACCCCACAGCAAUGUGGUCACACCCACAGCUCCUCCAUCUCCACCCAAGGAUGGCUUCUCUGAGGCUAGUGUUAUAGCAUUGUAGUGAAACAACUUUCAGCUCAACGCGCUCUCAGUCACCAACGCGAUUUAAAUAAUCAUUGUAAAUUUAAAGAUGAAGUAUUUUUUUCUCCUUAAAUAAAAGAUUAAAAUUUGACAAUUGUUAAAAGAAAAUUAUUAACUAAAAAAUAUGUUUGGAAUGUAUGUGAAUGUAUUGUAUGAAAUUGUCCUUUGUGUUGUCCUUAUUUGUAAGUAUUUGUGGGAUGUGAUGAGAAAUGUCUGUUUUUAUGUCUCUCAAAAUAAUCCACCAGUCUGCACCAUACCCUUGUGCCUCAAUCUUUGGGAUUUAGUGUUCUAUUUGCCGCAAAGUUUUAUACCUGUUAGGGUAGUAAGGACUAUUAAAUUUUUAAUGAGUUAGGAAAGUAACUAUUUGUAUUAUAAUAUAUUUUUUUAAAAAUCAUUAAUAGUGACUGCUGGUAUGCAAAUCAAAUUAAUCUUUCUUGUAAAUAUAACUUUUAAAUUAAAUAUUUAGGCGACAACUGUUUAAAACAUUAGCACAUUCAUGUACGUGGUGUUCAAGAAAUCUAUUUAAAUAUUGAAACAACAGCCAAUGCCCAAAAGAAUUUAAUUUUUCUUUCUUACCUCAAAGCCAUCAAAUAUCCAAUUAUAACAUAUCCAGGGACCCGAGUUAUUAGAUUUGUGUUGUACUUCAUUUAAGAGUUUGUGAAUGCCAUAAAUAUUUAAAAUAAACUUUUUAUUUUCUAAUUAAAUAUAUCGGUAAGCGACCAGAUUUCCUUCUGAAUAUUUAUGUACACAUGAAUGAAUCUCGUGUAAAUCUUUUCAUUACAGAAUAUCUUCUGCUUAUCCAAGUUUAUCAUAAAUUGAUUAAACAAACUGAUGUUUCUGUUCUUUCUGUGCUCAACUUCUGUGGUAAAUGAUCAUAAUUCAUAUCCAAAUAGCUGGCAGUGACUCUCUGAGUGACGACAAGUUGAUUACAAAUUAUUUCAUCUGAUUUCAGGUGUCUUUAAGUAGCUCCCCACAGAUUUCAAGCUUGAACACUGGAAUGGCACAGAUUUCACUCAAUACAGGUGAUGAUGAGAUGUUCAUGCGUCAAAUUAAUUUCAUAUUUAAAUAAGUGUUAUUUUGCUUUGCUAAGCAUAUCUGAAAGAAACCAAUUUUUGGGGUAAUUUUUUUGUUCGCUAAAAUUUAUAAAGUUAUAACAUACAAAUUUCAAUUCAUUCUAUUGUAAAUGGGUUAGUGUGGCACCAUAGUGAUUAUCAGGGAGCCUGGGUGGCAGAAUGGUCUAAACUGAGCAAACCUCAAGAUGGUGGUCUGGUGUUCAAGUCCAGCCAAAGGCCAGUCAAAAACAUCACUCCUUGGUUGGCAACUCAUCUAAGAGAAGGAAACUCUGAAUUCAAACCCGGAGUUGGAGUCCCGUAAGGCGCAUACAAUGACAAUUCCUGCAACCAAACCCAUCCCUGGUCGUAGAGUAUGAGGUAGACGCUGCGCAACUCUUCUUCACUUUAAACAAAGUCACCCGCGCAAGUCAUCAGUCACCAGAUAUGACUCGUUGGUCCUCGUCGAUCCUUGACGGACAAACAAUAAAAUAUCAGGAUGAUGUGCAGAAUGAUUACAAACAAAAAAUAAAAAACUUUAUUGCCACCAUAAUCCAUAACGAGAUGCCCUACAGGGAAACAUGACAUACUCUCUUGGAACUAAAGUGAAAUCCCUAAAAUCUGGAUUAUAACAUAAAUAUUAAAAAAAGGGAAGGCAGCAGAGGAUGUCAAGAGCUAUAGACCAAUAUCCCUGAACUCUACUAGCAUUGGAAAACUUGCAGAGAGAAUGAUGAACAAUCUCCUCUAUUCUGGCUCCCUCAACAAAUUUCAGAGCUGGACAGCAUACGGAUAAUCAGCUCUUCCGCCUGAGUCAAAGGGUGCUAAAUGGCAUUGGUUUCAGAGCUGGACAGCAUACGGAUAAUCAGCUCUUCCACCCGAGUCAAAGGGUCCUGAAUGGCGUUGGUUUCAGAGCUGGACAGCAUACGGAUAAUCAGCUCUUCCGCCUGUGUCAAAGGGUCCUAAAUGGCGUUGGUUUCAGAGCUGGACAGCAUACGGAUAAUCAGCUCUUCCGCCUGAGUCAAAGGGUCCUGAAUGGAUUUCAAGACAUUUGUCACUUGCAUAUUUAAGAUCAGUGGUGGAAUACAGUUUUACACUACAGUCAAUUUGCAGCAAGCAGUACAGGACUCUCACAGUCAAUUUUCAGCAAGCAGUACAGGACUCUCACAGUCAAUUUUCAGCAAGCAGUACAGGACCAUCACAGUCAAUUUGCAGCAAGCAGUACAGGACCCUCACAGUCAAUUUGCAGCAAGCAGUCCAGGACUCUCACAGUCAAUUUGCAGCAAGCAGUACAGGACUGUCACAGUUAAUUUGCAGCAAGCAGUACAGGACUCUCACAGUCAAUUUGCAGCAAGCAGUACAGGACUGUCACAGUCAAUUUGCAGCAAGCAGUACAGGACUCUCACAGUCAAUUUGCAGCAAGCAGUACAGGACUCUCUAUUAAAAUUACAAAGCCAAGCAAGCCAUUUCAUCUCAGGAGGUCUAAGAUCUACCUCAAUAGCAAAAUGUGAAAUACAUACUUGUAUUGAGCCGCUAAAUCUUAGAAGAGAGGAUAUCAGUUAUUGAGAUGGUUGAAAGGUAUGAGAGACCAGACAACCAACAUACAAAUAGACAAAUGGUUGAAAAAGCGAGACCAAACCACAGACUUAAACAGAAAUCGGUAAAGAUGUGGCCAGUGAAGUUGAAGAGAAAAUCACCUACCAACAUACAGGAAGACUUACAAAUCACAACUAAAGACCUAUCCCCAAGCCAGCAUUUACAAACCACUGGUACCAAAAUAGACCUCAUUGAAGAGAUAGAAGAGUACAGACGCAGUACUCAGAAUGAUAGCUUCAGAUAAAAACCAUAGCAUCCUACCCAAGGGAUAGAAUCCAAAUAUAACCAAAAUAUACACACCUUUCAAAGGAGCCUUGCAUGCAGGUUUUGGUGUUCAAAUGGAGUACCCACAGAAGAUGUAACAAACUCUGUCCCCCCCGUGGGGUGAUCUGCAGUAAUUAUGAAGCAGAAGGGACUGCUAUUGAAGCAGUGUUACACCACCUAUCAGGGAAUCUUCAGCAGUUUAUCCCAGCAAACAAAGUAAUGUUGUUAUCUCCUGUCGCUGCAAAUCAAAACUUGAGGCAGCUAAGCAUCAAGAUCUCGCAACACUGAAAAUAAACACUUGAAACCUACGGAGGAGUCACGCGAACCUUCCAAUGGACACCAGGACAUCACAAUGUUCGAGGAAAUGAAAGAGCAGACAAACCAGUAGAACGAGGAGCGUCCAGUGAACAGCCAAACAUACCUUAAUCAGCCAACUCUGUGAAGCGGAUUAUCAGAGCUAACAAAAAAGAAGAAUGGUUGAAUGGAUGGGCAAUGGUCUCAACAGGAACAGCCUGUUUUUGUACCCAUGUCCAGCCCAAUAAAUUGCCUCCAAAGACAUGAGCAUGCCAUGAUCUUCGGCCUGCACACAGGACACAUACAACUUAAUUCCCACCAUAACAGCAUAAAACCAGAUCAAACACCAAUGUGCCCCCUCUGCAAACAUGCAAAUACCUUUAUACCAGCAAAGAACAGCUGCAGAGAGUGUAAAUUCUUCCCAGUGGCCAUAGGCCAAAAGGCACAUGCCCCAAAAGGGCAUUGAAUGAUGAUGGUCCCUGCCAUCCUAUAUUUCCUUUGAAUAGACUUGGCUGACCCUUUUUUUACUAGAAGAAGCGAUGUGUUGAAUUUGUGAGUGUACUGCAUAGUAUGUCUUAGUCAGUUGGCAUACCUGAAAUGAAAAUCGACAAUCAAUAGUCAUUUGAGGCCAACCACAAUCUAGUUUAGUCCAAAAGUAAGGUUUGUUCUUCUUCAUUAUUUUGUGUUCAUUUGUCUUGUAGGCACUCCAACAAUUCCAGUGAUUCCCUCUCAUUAUAACCUGCCAUCAGGGCUGCCCAACAUCUCUGCACUGCCUCCAGGUAUUCAUUAUUGCACCUUUUAUUACUUUAGUGGUAUUAAAAAAAUAUUUUUUGGUAAUAUCGUUAAUCAUCAUAUAUAUAUAUAUAUAUAUGUGUAUAUAUACAUCACCUUUUAAUUUUUAUUACCAAAUCAUCACAGAGUUGUCAAAUUUGUACCCCAUUUCUUUUUCACAAGAGUGACCAUGUUGGGCUGCUUGUUCCUUUUCUUUAUAUAUAAAUGAAAAGAUGUUUUUCCUGUGGAUUCCAUAUAUAUCAACAUAUAUAUAUAUAUAUAUAUUACACACAUAUAUACAUUCUAAUUACCAAAAAUUAACAAUUUGCAAAAAUAUUUAUGAACGUUCAGUGAUUAUUUUAAAAAAUGUUAAACGUUUAUUUUCCAUAUUUCAAGAGAGACAAAUUGAGGUGUAUAUUAAUAAAUUGAAGUCUUCCAAUCAACAAUUAAAUAAAUAUUUAUGUAUCUCUGAAAAUAGAAAACUAGUCAUGAAUUAGGCAUCUCUGAUAUGGGUAAGAUUUCCAGUCUAACAAGUGUAACUGGGAAGAAUGAUUUAGAAUGUUGAACUGCUCAAUUUGUGAUAAGUGUCACCUUCGUCUUGUCCUAGGUUUACCUCACCCCGUAGGCAUUCCAAACUUAUCAAACCUGCCAGGACUGACUACUCCCAUAUCUCUGUCAGGUCUGCCACCAAUGUCAUUACCACCCCUGAAUCCAACAGGACCUCUGCCAGGCUUACCAGCAGGUAAUUUAUUCCUUUGAAGUAAAUUAGAGUUACAAAAGGUGAUAGAAGGAAUAAAAUGCCAUUACACUAAUUUGAAAAAUUUACCUUCAUACAAUGUUUUUUAUUUACAAUAACCAAAUUCAAAUAUACCAGUUUCAGAAAUAUGCACUACCAUCUACAAAAUCCUAUGUAAUAAGCUCCGUCGUUUUAACCCUCCUCAGGUCUACCCCACUUUCCCAUGAACCUCCCCGCUCCCACUCCUCUUCCCAGUUUCACCUUGCCUACCAGUCUCUCUGGAUUCACCCCUCCCCAAGGAGUCCUCAACGCAACCGCACCGUCCUCGGCGGCGAAAAUAACCUUGGAGGGAGAGCAUGGCCACUCUCAUCAACAUGGUGAUUGGGACGGUCACGGCCAUUCCCACGAAGGGGGUCACGGACACAGCCAUUCUCACGAGGGUCACGGGCACAGCCACUCCCACGAUGAUCAUGGACACAGCCACUCCCAUGACGACCAUGGACACAGCCACUCCCACGAUGAUGACCACCAUCACCACCAUCCAGUGGUUCCCAAUGGGGUACCAGAACCCCAGCACCAUGUCACAUCAUAGCCUAGAUAUGUAUCAAUGCUGAAAUCACCUUUUAAUUUUUAUUACCAAAUCAUCACAACCAAAUCAUCACAGAGUUGUCGAGUUUGUGCGCCAUUUCUUUUUCACAAGAGUGACCAUGUUCCUUUUCUUUAUAUAGAAAUGAAAAGAUGUUUUUCCUGUGGAUUCCAAAUGUUAAGCAAUCCACAACUGAAAAAAUUGUAAAAACUUAGUUUAUUCACAAGUUAAAGUUUUUAAAAAAAGUUGUGAUGGCACUUGAUAAAUUAUAGUUGAUAUCACCUUUUUUAAUUUCAAUAUAGUUUUAUUCUCUUUUGUCAAUGUUUAAAAAAGUAUGCUGGAAAUUGAUUAAAAAACGUAAUUCAAAGAAGUGUAGAAAAUACCUCUGUGAGUUAUGAUACCAUGUGAAAGCACUUUUGUCCUACUCACAGUCAGUGUGUAUAAUGUAACACAUCUGAACACAUUAUAUUUUUUAUGAGGGGUUGGGAGGAGAAUUGGAUUUGAAUGAAACAUAAAUAAACCGGCAUCAUAAUGUAAUCUGACAUUUGAAAACAUUUUAAACGCUUAGUCAAUUUUGGGUUUGGCUGAUUAUUUUCAAAAAACUUAACAUUCAGUACUGGUAGUCCAUUGAAUUUGGGUUCUUUCGGUACUGCAUUGAAUUUGGGUUCAUUCCGUAUUUAAAUGAGAAAUAUCCAGUUUUUCAACAAGUUGCUUCAGUUUGAUUUAAUAUUUGUAUAAAAUAAAAUAUUUGUGCUGAUGAAUUCUUUAAAAUGUUUUAAUUCUGGAAUAAAUGAUGAAGAGCAGUUCUGAAGCAAUGUCUGGUAAACACAGAGACUUGAGCUCUAAUAACUUUAAACUCUAAAUUAUGAGCAUGGAGGAAUUUUUUUAGAAUAAGUACAAGUCAUAGAAUACCGAUUGGUAUUGACCUUUUACUUCUGCUUAAUUCAAUUUAUCUAUAUUAUGUUGUUUUUUUUUUUUAAUCACCAAUAAUAAAUGGAUGUUUUCCCCAAUUAAAAAAAAAUAUUCAUCUUUAUAAGGUGUUAAGCCAUCCAGUUAUAUAAAUAGUUACGCCAUCCAGUUAAAUAAAGAGUUAAGCCAUCCGUCUAACAGGCCAGAUGAACAAAAUUUAGAUUAAGUAAGUGAUAAUAAUCUUUACUCAAAGCCUUUCAUAGCAUUUCCUUUAAUUUUUUAGGAUGCUGCAUUUCAUGCUCACUUCAAACGUCAAUGACUAAAACAUGGAUGCCCAUCAUUUAAAUAGCUGAAUUAUUAAUUCAUAGAUUUAUUAUUGAAUAAAAUACAGAUGUAAGGUAUAUCUCCAUAAAUUCAAUGAGAAUAUAGUUGCAAUUGCAAGCAUAACAACCACUAUUGGAUGAAGCAAUGUACGGUAGAGAGAACUUAUCUUUGUUAGAGAGUAUUUUGUUAAAAUGGAAAUGGUUAGCCUCUCCUUAAAAUUUUGAUAGAAAGAAUGUCAUAUAAUUGUUGGUUGGGUUUAACUCUUUCGCUGCGGAACAGCGCACACUGCGUUCAUCUGCUGUGCAUCAUCAAAAGCACGGACCAACGCGCGCUGCGUUGUUUAAAUAUCAUGUUUGUUUCUUUGCUUUUUCUCCGUAAACCUUUUAAAGAGCAAUUUUUUUAAUAAGAUUUUUACAUAGAAGAGUAGUACUUCAUUGUUUACAAGCAAAAUCAAGGUUUAUUUGUUGUCAUUUGGAGCAUUAUUUUGACGGUUUUCUUCAAGUUUUUUUCUACUGUUGCUAUGGCUACGCUAAGCCCUAGUAGGUGAGUAAGUUCCCUAGGUGAUUAACAGCUCAAGAAGCUUUGGAUUUGUUCGAUACUGUUUCUUUUGAUAGUGAAGAUGAUUUAUAUUUAGAUCCAUCGGAUGAUUCCGAUAGUAGUAGUUUUAGAGGAUUUAAGUCAUAUAAGUCAAGGUGAGGUAUGCGUACAUCAUAGGUUUUGGGGCAAAAAUUGUUUAGCAUAUAAUUUCUCAUGUUAUGGUUCUUUUCUGUAACUUAUUUUAUUUAAACUAAAGAAAUAAAUUUACAAACACACAGUCCUUUCAGUUUUCUUUCAUUUGAUACCAAGUUUAGUCUUAUAAACCAAAAAAUAAUAUUUUAAAUAAACCUAAUCUCUCACUCUUUUUUGCUCUUCUAAAAAUAAUAUACAUUUUUUAAAUAAAAAAAUUCCACAGCGGAAGAGUUAAGAAAGAAUGUCAUACAAUUCUUGGGUGGGAGUUAAGAAAGAAUGUCAUACAAUUCUUGGGUGGGAGUUAAGAAAGAAUGUCAUACAAUUCUUGGGUGGGAGUUAAGAAAGAAUGUCAUAAUUGUUGGGUGGGGGUUAAGAAAGAAUGUCAUACAAUUCUUGGGUGGGGGUUAAGAAAGAAUGUCAUGAUUGUUUGGUGGGGGUUAAGAAAGAAUGUCAUAAUUUUUAAGUGUGGUGUUAUAGCUUCGAAUGUUUACAAAAUGUCAGGAGAUAUUUGUAACUAUAAUUAUUAUUUUUUUAAUAAAUUUCUUGACCUGAUUUGAGCCAGGUCUUUGACAGGGUUUUCGUGACUGUAGGUGAUGGCUCAGUGGUUUCUGUUGUUUGAACAAGUGAUUGUUUUAUAUUUAUACCAGUAUUUUGCUAUCUCACUAGAAACUUGUAUUCAACCAUUAUUACUAGGCAUGACGUCCUGUGUGCAGAUUGAUUGACUUGUCUGUCAUACAGUUGAUACAAUUUGUGUGGAAAGUGGAUUAUCUUAUCUCCAGAAGGUCUAACAUACAGAUAGCACAUAUAUAAUUAUCAUGCUUUGGAUGUUUACCCACUGCCUAACUUAAGAGAAAGCAAUGUAAUGAAAGAAAAGAAAUUUUAAGGGGGGGGGGGGGAACAAAGUCCCAUGUGGGAUCCUGCACAUUAACCUUCUGCUUUCUCAUCCUUGACUUCAAUAAUUUUUACUCCUUGGCUUGGAGAUUUCUUCAUUUUUUUAAUUCUUUUUUUUUUUAGUCUGAGUUCAAGGAAACUUAGAAAAUUCUUCCUAGAUCUUACCUGCUUUCUCUGUUAUAAUAAAAUUAUUAUAUAUUUUUAUUUAUUUUUUUGUCGUGGGGGGAAAAAAUUAAUCUUUUAUUAUUAGCUUUUGUUCACUGUCUUGUGAAAAUCUUUUUUAAAAAAAUAAAUAAAAUCACGAGGCAAUGGAUGUAUCUUAUUAUCUGAUGUAUCAUUUUAUUAUGAGUUAUGUUAUACAUUUAAUGAGCUUGAAAUUUGGUUGAUGCAUAUGACGACUUUUCAUAUGACUAACUUAUUUGUUUCACAAUAAAUGCAGAUGUGAUAACCAUUGUGGAUUUAAACAAAUUAAAAAAAAAAAAAAAAGUUUUGAAAUUAUUCAACAGUAGUUUCCUGUUUUCGUAGGC